UGCCUUCUCAUAUAUACUUCUUCGAUCUUGACAUCCAACAAUGAACUGUACCCACCCCAUUCAUAUCCACAUCGCUCCUUACCUGAUCACUUUACAUUUUUUGCUAAUCCAACUCGAUCAACACAGACUCGGUCACUCUACCUAAAUCCCACUAUAUAUAUAUAUAUAUAUAUAUAUAUAUAUAUAUAUCAGUUCCCUACAUAUUCAUCUACUUCGGUCCAUUCUUCAAUCUAGCUCUCUGCCCCCUCGCUUCUUCAUUUGGGUUUCUAUCACCUAUCUUGAGAUAUACCCUCAUCUCACGCGGGGUAGCUAGCUAGGUUUCAGUGUAAGGAGCUAAGUACAAAGCGCCUGUCUGCCGCAAAUGGCCGACCGUGUCCACCCAUGCGGCGACGCCUCCCAAACGGCGCCGCUGCAUGCUUCCAACAACCCUCAGCCGGGGACCUACGUCGUCCAAAUCCCCAAGGACCAAAUCUACCGCGUCCCCCCGCCGGAGAACGCCACCCUCUACGACAAGUAUACCCGCCAAAAGCCUCGCCACAACUGCUGUCGUUCCUGCCUCUGCUGGCUCCUUUUCACCGUCGCCUCUCUCCUCCUCCUCUCCGCCAUCGCCGCUGUCGUCUUCUACCUCGUCGUUCGUCCCGAGUCCCCCAACUACUCGGUGCAGAAAAUCUCAUUCAAGGGUUUCAACCUCACCGCCGCCUCCUCGCCGUCGUCAACGGUGCCGCAACAGGUAGACGUGGCCGUGCGCGCAGAGAACCCCAACAGAAAAAUGGGCAUCUACUACGAGCGGGACAGCUCGGCCAACGUGGUGUACACUGACAUCAAGCUGUGUGACGGCGCUCUGCCGGCGUUUUAUCAGCCGCCGAAGAAUGUGACGGAGCUGGAGACGGCGCUGACGGGGACGGGGAUCAGGCUGACGAGCGCGGCGCGUGAAGGGCUGGUGGAGGCGCAGAGGCAAGGCAUGGUGGCGUUGAAGUUGCAUGUCCGAGCGCCCGCUAGAAUCAAAGUGGGGUCCAUAAAGUCGUGGAAGAUCACCGUUAAAGUUGACUGUGGCAUAACGGUAAAUAAGCUGGCCCCAGAGGCCAAGAUUGUGUCCAAAGACUGCAACUAUGGUGUGGAUCUUUGGUAGAGUUGUUUUUCUAGACAGAACCAAAUUGUUGAUUCAUUCUAUUAUUUUUGUAUAUUGGUUCUCAUUUCUCUUGCUUAUCACACUGGUUUUCCAAUUUUUGAUGAUUAUUUGGGAUUAGAGACGA